GAUGCCUCUCUCUGGUGGUUUUCUUUGUUUUUCGUGUGUGGUUCUCUAGUGUCUUCUUCUGAGAAUGAUCAGAUUCCACCAAACGUCUGUCUGUUUUUCUGUUUUUUUCUGAAAAGAUCCGAAAUCAUCGCUGGAUGUUUGCAUCGAGAAACCAGCUCGCCUUCGCCAAGUAUCUACAUCGGUAAAUUUCGACAAGUAGCGAGAAAAAUGCGCUCCGUGCCAUCCGCCCAUGCGAAGCUGCUCCAACUUCCCGCACGAUUCACGGCCACUUUGGAGCCGCCGAGAAACGCGGAUGAGUUGAUCCGGGUUCUACGCCAGGUCUAUGCGUACUCGCAGCGAGGUUCGCAAAUCAAUGCCUUCUUCAAGCAAACCAGCAAGCAGCGCUGGCGCUUGGACCGGGUCACGGCAAACGCGUACGAGUCUAGUACAAGCUUGGCGCCGACCACCGGCUUUUCGAAGAGAAAGCGGGGAGAAACCUUUGGACGGAAUGGAGCCAACGGAGAGGAUGUGAUGCAAGCCAGUAGCAUCACGACGACCGAAGUGGAGGAAGAAGCGGGCCCGGCAGGAGGUGCAAGAAGAGGUCAUCAAAACUCUAGCGGUAGCGACUCUUUGUCGCCCGACGCCGAGCAGGCAUUUCGCUCGGGAAAAAAUGGCGCAAGCUCGUCUACGACGAGCGUAGAGCAGGUCAACAUUUCUAGCUCCAGCAGUUCGUCGACGCAUCCUGACAAUGCUGAAACUAUCACCGCGAAUCGACCGAAGCAGAAACCUGCUUACGCCAAUAGUCGCGUCCACUGGCUGGACCAGGAAACCACGCUGCUGAAGCAGCUCACGGCGACCUUCUUCGAGACCUGCGAGAAAUACUACCCGCCCCAAGUCCUGGAGGUGCUGCACUUGUUCAACGAGAUUGAGUAUUCAGACCUGAACCUGCAGCGGGCGGCGGUCGGUCGGAUUGAUGACUUGCUGCUCCUGCCGACACCAAGAAGGAUUUUGCAGCUCACUGUUUUUUUCAGCAAAGCCAGAAUACCGGUGGAGCACUGGUGGGACGCGAAAUUAGGGCCUCUCGUCGAGGAAAAUCUGCAGCACUUCACGCACGGGAUCCCCAAUUUGUUGGAUGCGUUGCUGUUCGUAAGGGACCAAACACAGGCUUCCAGCGAUAGACAAACACAAGCCGACGCGCAGACCGGAACUGAAAAGGACACUAUGCCGGAUGAAGAGAAUAGUCUAGAGCUGAUCAUAGACGGGCUAGCGACGCAGCUGUUGCUCGUGAAGCAAUCAAACACAAUCAAGCCUUGCGUUUUCGCCCGUGGAUUCGAGCGUCUGUCGGUUUUCGGCUACGAUUACCCGGAAUUGAAGGCAGAGGCAACGAAGAUGCUGCGGAGUGGUUCUUCCGAAACCAAUGCGAAUACAGAUCAUUUUGACGACGGUAGUUCUGCUGUCGACGACUUUUCGGAUAUCGAAGACGAAAACGAAGACAUUUUCGAAUCAAGUUUCGGAAAGUCAAAACCGGGCAAGGCAGUGAAUUCGAGCGGAGCCGACACAACUCCCGCCGGCAUCGCCACACGGACCAAUCUGGUCGCGGGGUUGCAGCGGUACAGUUCCAGCAGUUCAAGUCGAGGAAAAAGCACUGACUUUUUGGAUGACAUUGCCUCUCUCGACCUGGAGAUCGCGGUGAGGCGGGGGCUCGUGUGUUCCGAAAGGCAGUUGGAUCACUUUCUCAACAACACAGAGCAGCUGCUGUCCGAUGCAACUUUUCUUUGGCGCCGAUUCCCGCAGCAAGUAAAUUUGCUAGCGAGACUCUGUUUGAAUAAACGCGACUCAGCACAGUCCUCCGCACUCGCCGAUCUGCGCGCAAACUUCAUUCUGACAGCGAUGGAGACUCAUCUGCUCGACAGAGAUUACGACAGCGCCACGUCGGACACCAACGCAAACGAGGCAUUACUGGAAGCGAGCGCGCUGAUGCGGAAAUACAGUCCGCGGCAGCUGGUCGAUUUGCUGGAAACGGUGGCACUGCUGACAACCGACCGUGCUCCGGCAGGAAAAUCAGUAUCGACACCGACAAAAACAGAGCGGAGCCCACAACCUGAAGCGCAGUUGAUCUCUCUACUUCUCCCCUUUUUGCCACAGUUAGAUUUGAGGGCAAAGCGCCGGCUGUACCGGCUGUGCUGUUGCUGUAGCUUUAGCAACUCGGAGGUAGAGGCUAAGCGAACCCCCGAUUAUGCACCAGCAGAAGUCACGAAUUCGCAACAAACGCAAGCACUCUGGCGGAAACUGACCCUAACGCUGCUGACCCGACACGGUGAACCGCCGGCGUUGCCCGUCUACAAGGUGGAGCCUAAAAAUGGCAGUGAGAGCACAAGAACUACAGUCGUUGCGGGAGAGGUUGUCUUUCCCCUCUCCCCGCAGCGCGGUGCUGGGAAUGAUUCUCGAAUGAACUCUUGCCUCCGUCCUUUGUCACACUUGGAUGUCGAUACACGAGGAAACUUCACACCAAUUUUCUCUCUCCAGCAAAUUGCAUGGAAACAGCAAGCCUGGAAUGUCCGACAUGAUCCAUAGAACGCGAGCCGAAUCAACGAUAAAUGAAGGCAAGAUCAUCAGGCACCGCAACAAAGAAAUAUUGCGGUACGAACGCAAGAAAGGGCUGAAAAAAUCAACAGCAACAAUCUUUGCCAUGUUCAGAAGAUUCCAG